CCGGGUUGCCCUUCCUCAUCAUUGAAACAAGUACCAUCCAGCCCUACCAGCGGGGCUUCUACUGCGACGACGACAGCAUCAGGUACCCGCUGAAGUCGAUGGAGACAAUCAACGAUGUGGUGCUGUGUGCUGCAGGCAUCCUCAUUGCCAUCCUCGCCAUUAUAACGGGAGAGCUCUACCGCGUCCACUACCUGAAGGAGAAGUCGCACUCCUUUAUCCAGAACCCCUACGUGGCAGCGCUCUACAAGCAGGUGGGCUGCUUCGCUUUCGGCUGCGCCAUCAGCCAGUCCUUCACAGACAUUGCCAAAGUGUCCGUCGGGCGCUUGCGGCCGCAUUUCCUGGAAGUUUGCGAUUUGGAUUUCUCCACCAUCAACUGCGCGAAGGGAGUUUACAUCCAAAACUACACCUGCAGGGGAAGCGACAGCAAGGUCCAGGAAGCCAGGAAAUCCUUCUUCUCCGGGCACGCGUCCUUCUCCCUCUACACCAUGCUGUAUUUGGUGUUUUAUCUGCAGGCCAGAUUCACGUGGAAGGGAGCCCGCCUGCUCCGUCCCCUCCUCCAGUUCACCCUCGUCAUGAUGGCGUUUUACACCGGUCUGUCCCGCGUGUCGGACCACAAGCAUCAUCCCAGCGACGUGCUGGCGGGCUUUGCCCAGGGAGCCCUGGUGGCUUACUGCGUGGUGUUUUACGUCUCAGAUCUCUUCAAGCCCAAGACAAAGACUUGCCUGCCUCCGCCACCCAUCCGAAAGGAGAUUCUUUCACCUGUGGACAUCAUUGAACGAAAUAACCAUCACAACAUGGUGUAGACCUUCGGAAAAAUUGGAUGGGUGUUGUAUUUUAUUUUAAAAUUUUUUUUUUUUUU